AUGGUUCCCUCCAGAUCGCUGUCAUCCCUUCUUGCCCUCCCGGCACUUGCCUUCCUCUCACUGUCAGCGAGCGCUUCCCCUCAUCCUCGGACAGCGUCAAGCACGGCUACUCUUAAGCUCGCUGUGAGAAUAAACUCGUACGGGAUCCAGAACAUUGCAGUUGCAGAUAGAGCUCGAAUCCAAGCCCGACAAGCUGGCGGCAGCUCUUCCAUCGGUGUAACCAAUAAUGUGACGAUAUACACUGCUGACAUCGGCGUGGGGAGUCCACCAACGUACUACACAGUUCUGAUAGACACCGGAAACGCAAAUAUCUGGAUCGGGGCCAAAAAACCUUACGAGAAGACUGCCACAAGCCAGGACACAGGCAAUACAUUCAGUAUUGCAUAUGGCGAUGGUAGUUCCGUUUCUGGAGAGGAAUAUACAGACACUGUAACGCUUAACUGUGAUCUGGUUAUCAGCAACCAAUCUAUUGGCGUCGCAUCUCAAGCCUCAGUAACUGCAGGCAUCGAUGGAUUUCUUGGCCUUGGACCAGUUGAUUUAACGCGAGGCACCGUCAGUAAUACAGGUGAAGUUGCACCUGUGAUGGAAAACCUCUAUACGCAAGGAACGAUUGGUUCGGAAGUACUUGGAGUGUUCUUCGCACCUGCUUCCUCCGAUGAUGGCUGUGGCGAGCUCACAUUCGGCGAUUAUGACGCCUCCAAAAUCACUGGAGACAUCAGCUACGUACCGAUCACAUCGACAUCUCCAGCGAGUACAUUUUGGGGCAUUGAUCAAUCCAUCAGCUAUGGGGAUACGCCCAUUUUGAAUCAGAAAGCUGGUAUCGUCGAUACCGGAUGCACCCUGAUUCUCAUUGCCACUGAUGCCUUCGAGAAAUAUCAGUCUGCCACGGGGGGAACCCUCGAUGAGGCCACUGGCUUGUUACAAAUCUCAUCCGACCAGUAUGACCAGCUGUCAUCCUUGUAUUUCACCAUUGACGGGGUCACUUACGAGCUCACCCCGAAUGCGCAAAUCUGGCCUCGAUCGUUGAACACCGCCGUUCACGGUGAUGCCAACAGCAUAUACCUGGUCCUCGCUGACAUUGGGAGCCCCAGCGGUUCUGGCUUGGAUUUCGUGAACGGCUACUAUUUCCUCGAGCGAUUUUAUUCGGUGUACGACACGACAAACUCCCAAGUCGGGUUCGCCACCACUGAGUGGACCUAUGCUAUAACAAAUUAA